AAAAAAAACCAAGACAAAAGUUGUGGUCACUUUUUUUUUGGUGAAUCGAGAAAAUUGUCGAAUUUUUUUUUUACAUCCUACCGAAAUUGUUAUGUGAAAUAUCCUUGCCAAAAAUUAAUAAAAACUUAGAAUAAUGGCUAAAUAUGUUGAAAACGAUCCACUUUUACAUGAAGAAAAAUGGGGAAUGCCUCUGCGAGAACUUUAUCGUCUGGCGCUGACAUUCUACAAACAAAACUCUGGCAAGGCUAUUCAUUUAUCCUAUGAAGACAAUUUAAAACUAGUCGCAUUCACAAAUCAAGCAAAUAAUGGACCUUUCGAUGAGAAAUGUGCUCCAGAAUUGGGAAUCUUCGAUGUUAUUGGCAAAGAUCGACGAUUGCAUUGGCAACAGCUUGGUGAUAUUAGUAAAGCCCAAGCAAUGGAAGGUUUUAUCAAUCUUUUAGAUAGAAUGUGUACUUCAUUUAAGCCAUAUAUCGAAGCUGUUAAACAGGACAAUGAGACAAAACUUAAAUUAGAGCUGCAAAAGAAGCAGGAAGCGCUUAAGUUGUUGGAAAAGGAGAAGGAACUACAAGAAAAACAGCAACAAGAGGAAGAGGAGAGAUGCAAGGAGGAAGUACAACGACGACAGCUCAAAGAUGCCCUCAAUCAGCAAACAUAUCAGCAAUUUAAAAGCUACGCUGUAAAACAGUUUCCAGGCAGUCCUGAGCAACAAGCUGUAUUGAUAUGUCAAUUACAAAAGGAACACUAUCAUCAAUACAUGCAACAACUUCACUUGCAUUCCAACACAAAAACGCCAAACCUUUUGCAAAACGUCAGUGCAGAAGAACCUGAAUCAUUAGACUCGAAACAAUCUGCUACAUCAGAACAGAGUUUUUACGAGAAAAAUAACGAUUCUGACAACGAGGACUAUGUUACAAUAUGCCCUGCGAAAAUGUGGACUCGGCCAGACAUUAAGGCAUUCAAAAAGGAAGUUGCGGCGGGUCGGGGUGAUGGUGUAAUAAAUGUUGGCCAUGGAGAUAUUGUAACGGUUCGUGUUCCAACAAAUUCAAAUGGAAAAUGUAUUUUCUGGGAAUUCGCUACAGACAACUAUGACAUAGGAUUCGGAGUAUAUUUUGAAUGGAGCAAACCUUUGACAAAUGAUGUUACUGUGCAUGUUAGCGAAAGCGAUGAUGAUGACGAAUUCAAUGAUGAUGAAGAUUUGAGUACACCAGAAGAUUUAGAAUGCGGUUCGGUAUCGACUGAGAGAAGUCUUACAGCUGCUUACAAGCCGCCAAUAUCAAUAAUUGUUCCAGUCUAUCGCCGCGAGUGUUUCAAUGAAGUAUAUGUUGGAUCACAUGCUUAUCCUGGUGAUGGAGUUUAUCUUUUAAAGUUUGAUAAUACUUUUAGUAUUUGGCGCUCAAAAAUGCUUUACUAUAGGGUAUACUAUGAACGUUAGAGAUUCGUUUUUUUUUUAUAUAUAUGAAAAGUUUAUAAUCUUGAAAAGAAGAAAAAUAAUAUAUAUUUAUUUGUUGU